AUGCCCCAGCCGCGGGGCCAAAGGGCGACUCCCCAACUCCGCUGGGGCCUGGAUUGGUCCUGCCGCCGCGUCCUUCCGAUUGCUCGGGCGCGGGACUGGCGACUAGGUCUCAGGGGCGGCGGGGCGGGGAAGUGCCCUGACCCCUGGUCCCUGAAGCUGGGAACAAGUCCCCCUCCGACUCGGCCUUGCCUGCGUCCGGUCCCGAGCGAUUUGCACCCCGUCUGUGGAGUCGAGCUGUCCGGGACGCCCUCACAGUCGUGGGGACUUGUCUGGGCGGCGGUGGCUGAGCCCGAGUCCGCGGGGCACUGCCGCCGGCGUCCCGUGCGCCGCCCGACCCGGGACUGGCCGCCCAACUUCUUCCCGGGACGGAGACCUCGCUCGCGCCCCGGCCGAGGUGGGGGCUCUCCCGGGGCCGAAAGGGCGAGGGUAAAUCGCUCGCGGCGGCGGCGAGGGAACAAGUCCGGAGACGUCAGCCUCAGGGCUUGGAGCCUUCAGUCCGGACCCAGCGGGACCAGUGCGCGCGGGAUAGACGACGAGGACUCAGGUGCGGAGGUCCCCCCUCCGGUGUUCCAGGCCUUGGAGGGACUCUGCCCCGUGAGCUUCCCGUUGGCCCCGUGGCUUUGGCAGGACAAGACCGCGAGGGGCAGGCGGUGGGCGUGGGAAUGUAGCCCCUCUCCUCUUCCUCCCAGUCAGGCUAUUUCUCUGCCGCCUGGGGCCCGAGCGGUGGGGGCUGCGCAGCCCAGGAACUUAUCCCCCCUGAAAGGAAGCCAGCCUCUUCCCCUACUUCUCCGAGCCUGUCCGGGCCCCAACCACCCUGGUAGGGGGCUUUCAGAACAUUGGACAAGGCGCUCAGUCCCACCUGGCUCCCCGCCCCUUGCACAGAGUAACUCCCAGUGCCCAGAGAGGUUGAUGCUGAGACUUCCUUGGGGCCGGAGGGCCUCCUGAGGCUUCUGGGAGGAGAUGGACCAGCCGCAGCUACAGGUGUGUGCUGGCUGUGCCCUCGUCCCACCUCAGUGUGGCCCGGCUGCCUGGGCUUCAGCCCUUCUUGGUCAUUGUCCCUAUC